CGAAGCCCCUAUAGCACCCCUAAGCGACGCCCCGGGGGUCCCCGGACCUCCUCAGUUUUGAAAAGCCCUGUGCUAAACGACUAAAUAUGUGCGUUUGAGAGCACAGCUGUGGAGAGAUGCGUCGUGUGCUCUCAUUGGGUUGCUGCUGUGACAGUGGACUGAGUGUGAGUCUCGUGGAGUGAUAGGCGUGACCUGAGGCGCACAGAAAGCCUCAGCACUGCCAUACUGCUGUCAUACUACACUCUCAAGCUGGACGUAUGACACUCUUCACAUCACAGGGACAGACCUCAGAAGUGUCUCGAGCGCAUGAUGCGUCUCCUCUGUAACUCUCCUCGCAACAUCUCCAGGCAGUAGAUCGGUCGAGCACGCCACUUCUCCGAUUCCUCCAACAGACCCGACGAUGGCUGAAGAGGAGAGCGCGAGGACAGUUUCGGACUCAAACACGGACAGCACGAACUUUAGCGUGUUAAGCUGGGAGCAGGUCCAGCGCCUGGACCUCAUCCUGACCGAAAGCAUCCCGAUCCACGGCAGAGGAAACUUCCCCACGCUGCAGAUGAAGCCGCGGCAGAUCGUGACGGCGGUGCGGAGCCGCAUGCGGGAGCAGCGCAUCCAUGUGCGGGACGUGCGGCUCAACGGAUCCGCUGCCAGCCACGUACUGCACGAGGACAGCGGACUCGGCUAUAAGGACCUGGACCUCAUAUUCUGCGUGGACCUGAAGGGAGAGACGGAGUUUCAGAUCGUCAAGAACAUAGUGCUGGACUGUCUGUUGGACUUUUUACCUGAUGGGGUCAACAAAGAGAAAAUCACACCGUUGACCCUGAAGGAAGCAUAUGUGCAGAAGAUGGUGAAAGUGUGCAAUGAUUCAGACCGCUGGAGUCUUAUCUCUCUCUCCAACAACCGGGGCAAAAACGUGGAGCUCAAGUUCGUGGACUCUUUGCGCCGGCAGUUCGAGUUCAGUGUCGAUUCUUUCCAGAUUAAGCUAGACUCUCUGCUUCUUUUCUACGAGUGCUCCGAGAACCCCAUGGCCAGAACGUUUCACCCCACCAUCAUCGGCGAGAGCGUGUACGGAGACUUCGCCACGGCAUUGGACCACUUGCGCAACAAGGUGAUCUGCACGAGGAACCCGGAGGAGAUCCGAGGAGGCGGCCUGCUGAAGUACUGCCAUCUUCUGGUGAGGGGAUUUCGCGCUGCCUCCGAGUCGGAGAUGAAGUCUCUCCAGCGCUACAUGUGCUCCCGCUUCUUCAUCGACUUCUCGGACAUCUGCGAACAGCAGCGCAAGCUGGAGUCUUACCUCCAGAACCACUUUGUGGGCUUGGAGGACCGCAAGUACGAUUAUCUAACGACGCUGCACGGGGUGGUUAACGAGAGCACGGUGUGUCUGAUGGGACACGAGCGGCGGCAGACCUUAGGGCUGAUCGCCAUGUUGGCGGUGCGUGUGCUGGCCGAGCAGAACGUCAUACCCAACGUAGCGAAUGUCACUUGCUAUUACCAACCUGCCCCUUACGUAGCAGACGGUAACUUCAGCAAUUAUUACAUUGCCCAAGUUCAGCCGGUCUUUACCUGCCAUCAGCAAACCUACUCCACGUGGCUACCGUGCAACUGAGAGAUGGUGAAAAAGAUGAGUCGUAAGCGAGCUGAAAUUGUUUCGCAAUUGUCUCACUUCCCCCAAUGUGCAUCAAUGCUUGAGUGAAAUGAAUCGGGCUCAGUGAAAAACAGCUCCAGUGGGGUUUUUGUUUGUGCAGACUGGUGCUGUUUUCUGAAAUGAGUUGGCCAUUUGGAGGGCAACUUCUGCUCUGCCUUGCUUAAUUCUUGGCUGAUCGUGAAGCUUCAAACCUACUAACUUGUUCCUGACCGGUUGACACUGUCAAGAACAUUUCACGUCAGUCAUUAGAUGCAUCAAAAGGGAAGCUCGAGGUGCAGUUGCACCCUUUAGUCCAAACAGAACCAGAUGUAUUGCAAAGAACCUUUCACAAAGACUCUCUGAAUGAGGGGAAAAAGUCAAAAAGUACAACGAAUACAGUUUGUACAAACCAAAGAUUUUAAGAUUGUAUUUUUAUACCCAGACUAUCAAAUGAUAGUGCUGUCUAUAUUUGUACAUGUGAAUGCAUUCAAAGUGCCUAAUGUCAAUGCAGUAUGCUGAGGUGAGCAAAGCAACCUCACAAUCUCGAAAUACACGACAAAAGGGACUAAAAGCUUGUGAAUGUACUUGAUGUGUCCUGAUUUACAAGUGUCAUUUUUCUUCGCAGUUAAUUGAACUCUUAAUUUAUUGUUUCUGAGCAGCAUCCAGAUAACAAACGUGAGAUGUAAAGCCGUCUUUUUUGUUGCAUUUCUCAGCGUGUCAACAUUUGUGCCAGCUUUAAAGCAGACAGCAUCCUGUGUCAGGUGAGCGCCGAGGGCACAUGCAUGUCAGCGUACGGCAGAAAACAAAGGAAAGACUUGUUUCAUGCAAAAAGUAAAGUUCGUUUCCUAACUUUCUAGAAGGAAGAUAUUUGCAGAAGCACCUUUGAUGGUAGCACACUAUUUGCUGUAACAUCCAAGCAGGGAAUUCGACAGCUCUUGCUGAAGCGGUCGAAACUAAAACGGGCUGUGUUCAAGCACUCCCGUCACAGCUGCUCUGUCGGCUAAACCUGACCCCACAUUCACCCCCUGUUAACAGAGUGUUAACCUGUUCUUGAUUAAUAGCGCCGAGGAAGGAAGUAGGCGGAGCUUGGGCAUAUAUGUUUAGACUUGACAAAGAGACUUGAGAGGAGAAAGAAGAGGAAAGCGAGAGUGCGAGAGAGAGAAGCGAGAACGCAGACGAGAGGGAGGGAGAGAGGGAGGGCUGGAGAGAUGGGUGCAGCUGGUGAAGGGGUUUAUCUCCCUCGACAAAUGUCUUUUAAUCAAUACAGCUUAUUUCAUUACUAUGAGCAAUUGAGCUGAACAGACACAAGCAUUUAAUAGGUCUGAGAAGCACAGAUCAUUUUGAUUCACUGGAAUGCAAACUUUGCAGUUGAGUUUCCAAUAUUUCAUCAUAUCAUAUCACUCAACUCAAGUGCUCGAAUCAAUCAAAUUUGGCAUUAUCAAGUUUAAAUGAGCAGAAAUAAGCUUGCAUUUGUGAGAUUUGAGAUUUUAAAGGGGUCAUAUCAUACUUUUUCCACUGCAUUUCCCUCACAAUGUUUUUUUUCUUUUCUAAAUAGUCAUCACCAUUUUCCAACAUUUUCUGAUCUUCGGAUGUAUAGGACUUCAUUGAAACCCCUGCUCUUUGCUCGGCUCAUACACAAGCUUUUGGGUAUUUUUGGGCUUUUUCUUAAUGACACAUUCUUUGCGAAGGUUUUGGAUCACACAGUAGACAUCAUUGAUGUGUAAAUAAUGUAUUCACCUGUCUGUUGUCAGAAAGUUGUGGAUGUUUACUUUCAGUAAAUGCUGUUUUUGGACUGGGAAGCGAGUUUUGAUUUCUAAAAGUUAGAGUAUGGUUAUAUAGUAUUCCCAAAUGUAUUUGUCAGCUGAACCCUUUUGACCUAAAAUAUUUAUUUGAAAUACCCUCUAAGAUUUUAAGUUAAUAUUUCAAAAAUUUCUAUAAUAUUAACAACAAUAACAGCACAUUCGCAUGUUCAUGGUUCUCUUUUGUUGGUUAAUUGUCAAUGACGUGCAGGUAAACAAGUCUUUAAGUGCUUUAUUUUAAAUAUUUUUACUUUACAAUUAUUUAUUUUGAUUUUAUAUUUUUAUGAUUGAAUUAUUAGGUUUUCACGAACUCAAGAACCCCAUGCACUUCCCACCUUAUAUAGCACAUCAAACUGUUUUAUCUCAAAAUAGGAUUUCUUGUGAUAUGACCCCUUUAAAAUCAUCAAUGGAUGCAUUUCUAAUGAUUUUAAGAUAUGGUCGUUGAAGUGAUAUCAGUCAGUAGAAUUUGCAUUAACAUUAGUUUUUAACCAUUGGGGUCUGUGCUGAUCAGGAGGGCCGUGUGGUGCACCUGUGCAUGUUCACACAUCUCAUCUUUUUUAGUUUUUUAUACAUUUGCAUCUCCUGUUUGUGGUUCUCUCUCACCCUCCAGUUUGUUGUUAUGUUUGUCUUAACAUUUUGACAGUAUCCUGUGGAUUGUGCUGGCAGCGGGAUGUUUGACUCGCUCUGUGAAGUUUGGAGUUCCAUUCUUGCCAUUCAUCGGAUGAUGCCAAACACUUAGUGGUCAAAUGUCUUGUAAAAAAAAAAAAAAAAGUAUAUUUUUAGGACAAACAAACAUUAUGCUUGUUUUUCUGUUUGUAUCAGUGAAUUUAAUUGUCAUUCUGCUUUGAAUUUUUUGUUCAAGCUGCUAAAUGUCUUUUUUUUUUAA